CAUUAGUGAUUUCAUAGUGCCGCAACGUAUUUCGCAUUUCUCGCUUGGUGUAAGAAAAAAAAAAUCAAUGCGUAAAUGGCUCUUCGAGGUUUCGAGGAAAUCAGCUUCUAUUACGAUAUACUUAAGCAAAUAUUUGACAAUUUGCCUUUCGAAGACCAAUUGAGGUUGGCACGCGUGUCUAGCGUAACGCAGUUUGUUUUCGCAAACUACGUAUGGCCCAUAAGGUAUGGGUGUUUGAAAAUAUUCACCACAUUCGGUGGUGAGUUUCUAAUUUGCAAUGAGAGUGACAGAAAUUGCAAGCUGCUGAGGCCAACCGCAUUGCAAGAGUUUCUGCGCUACUAUGCAACGAAUGUCGAAGAAUUGUGGGUGGACAAGCCUUGGAAUUUCCAGUACUUCACCAAACUGAAAGCUCUGCUCUGUGAUGGACUACAUUUCAAUUUGAAAAUCAUAGACCAGGUAGCGGCCCAGCUGCCGCAUUUAUUAAAAUUCCAAGUAAAACAUUUGAAAUGUGGCAAGAGGCACUUUGAUGAAACGAUUUUGGAAAGUUUAUUAAAACUGUCACAUUUAAGGGAAUUGGAGCUGGAGUUCUAUAACGAUAAUUCGGAUAAGAAAAUCAAGUAUCCUCAAUUUUGUAAACUGCUAAGCAAGCUAAAGCUGGAUGUGCUCAAACUGAGCUUCGAAGUGGAACCAGAAACCUCUGUAGGCCAGAGUUUCUCUUCGGAGACACUUAGGGAUUUAACAAUCAUGGCCACUUUCAGCAAAGAAAAAUGGCUAAAUAACUAUGACUCAUUUUUGGGUAUAUUUGCGAACCUCAAAUCGCUUACAUUGCGCCAUCCUUACCAGCAAUAUAUGGAUUAUAGCUCCCUGGAGGCCAUAACAAGUUCUUGUGGCAAGCUGGAGACCUUGCAUCUGUAUGGCAUUUUGUUUUCACCUAUUGCCAUAUUCACCAUACCCGCCAGCCUUAAGGAGUUGAGGGUGGAGUUGUGUUAUGGCUUGACCUACAAGAACUUACAACAAAUCCUCACUCAAAACCCGAAUCUAUGCAAAUUCUUAUCACAGUGCUCCGAUUAUAUGGGAGACUUUAUAAGUUUUCCCAUAUCGCCGGCCAUAGAAAUACUGGAACUGGAUCGUGUAGAACUGAGUAGAUUCCCACAGGUCUAUGAGCGCAAUGAAAACUUGAAGGAGCUCACCUGGCACAGCCAUUGGAUGUGGGGCGAUAAUGCUGAUGAUGUAAUAAAUGUGAGCCUCAUAACAGCCCCUCGUUUGGCCACUUGUCUCAACCUACAGACAUUGAACAUGGUCUGUUGUCAUAUGUCGGUGUCAGUUCUGCAAGAACUUAAGCAUCUUCAAAAGUUGAAAACAGAACUCAAUUUGCCCAAAGACUGGUCCGAGGUAGUGGCUUUGCUGCAGCAUCCGUCGCUGACAGAGCUAGAGAUUGCAUUUGAAUUCCAAGAAGAUGACAAGAAACUUGCGCCAAAAUGCGAUGAACUGCAAACCAAUGUGACCCGUUUGACUCUCCAGUAUCCCCACAACUUGGGUGAGGAUCUAGAUUUUUGGCUCGAUCUAUUAAAUCAAAAUCGAAAUAUGAAACUGUCUCUAUUCUGCUGGAAGACGCACUACACAAAUAUCAAUGAAUUGAUAUGGCAUCCCAAGUUUCCGGCAUUUUUAAAAGCAAUUUACGUACAAGGCAUACAAAUAGCCUACAAUGAACUGAAGACAAAUUAUGAUGCAAUUAUAAAUGAUUUAAAAAAGCUGAAAUAUAUAUACUCUGAAAAUGAGGAAGAAGAAAUGAUGGAUAAAUUCGACAUUUGUCUUUGGUAUCAGAAGCGAUUAAAAUAAAAUAUUCAAUGGUUAUUAUAUGAAACUUAAUGUGUAAAAUAACAAAUGCAAAUUUGGCAACUCGUUUAAAUAAGUCAA